UUGUCUUUUCGCGAUUUUGAAAACCUGCGCCUUGCGUCAGUGGAAACAGGAGCCGACUGUUUCAAGCUGCACUUCCUUCUCACCCUCUCCCUUUCCUAGCGUCACACCACCCCCUCCUCUCCUCCUCCCGCGCCGAUGGUGAAGGACGCGCGCGCGCCGGGCUUUCGCGAGAAGUGGCGGCAGGACGUGCCGGUGCUGUACGACUGGUUCUUCAACCACCACCUCAUGUGGCCCUCGCUCUCCUGCCGGUGGGGCCCGGUGCGCGCGGAGCACGGCGCGUACAGCGAGCAGUACGCGUACAUCAGCGAGCAGACCGACGGCACCGCGCCCAACACGCUGCUCCUCGCCAACGUCGCGGUGGCGGAGUGUGACGCGGUGGCGCCGGCGCUGCUGGCGGACUUUGAGGAGGACGACCCAACAGCGCUGGUGGGCGUGGUGAAGGCGGUGCACCACCCUGGCGAGGUGAACCGCAUCCGCGAGCUGCCGCAGUUCCCGCAGAUCCUCGCCACGCACACGGACGGCAAGGACGUCUUCAUCUGGAACAUGGAGUCGCAGGACGACCGCCGCACGCCCGCACCGCACACCACGGGAGAUGCUGCUGACAAGCCGUCCGUGCCUGACCUGGUGCUGCGCGGCCACACGGAUGUGGCGCAGUUUGCACUGGCCACGGCGGCCAGCGACCCCUUUGUGCUGAGCGGCGGCACGGACUGCCACGUCGUGCUGUGGGGGCUGCAGGACCACGUCUCCAAGGCCAGCACGGACGAUUCGUCGGAGCUGGCGGCGCCGGUGCUGCACUGCCGGGAGACGUUCACGGGGCACCGCGCGACGGUGGAGGACGUGCAGUUCAGCCCCACAGACGCACGCCUCUUCUGCUCCGUGGGCGACGACUACUGCCUGCUGCUCUGGGACACGCGCCACGGCACCACGCCCGUCAACAAGGUGGAGCGGGCGCACAACGCGGACGUGCACUGUGUGGACUGGUCGCGCCUGGACGACAGCUACGUGCUCACGGGGUCGGCAGACCACUCCGUGCGCCUCUUCGACCGCCGCAAGCUGCCCACCGCGGGCCACUGCGCGGCCGUGCACUCUUUCAAGCUCCACUCCGACGCUGUCACCUGUGUGCAGUGGCACCCGUCAGCGCGGGGUGUGUUUGGCAGUGCGGGGGACGACGGGCUGAUCCAGGUGACAGACGCGUCGCACCUCCUGGGGGCAGCGGGCGACAAGGCGGGUGGGGGGGCAGCACAGGGCCGGCAGAGCAACAUGUUCCAGCACCUGGGGCACCGGGAGAAAGUGUGUGAGUUCCACUGGAACCCCCAUCGGCCCUGGACUGUGAUCAGCACAUCCAUUGACUCGGGCCGGAUAGGAGGAGGCACCCUGCAGGUGUGGCGUAUGCAUGACUAUUUGUAUCUCCCAGAAGAUGAGGCACUGAAGAAAAUUGAAGGCAUGCUUGGCUCGACAUUAAGCAAGUAACUGCUGACAAGAUCUCUAGUGAGAUAUUUUAAUUGCUAAUUUUGGAUUGAAUCCAGUGGUGCUAGUGGUAUGUAGCUGUAUGCCUUUUAUUUUGCUUGAAGCAAUAAUGUUUACCAAUAUUGGUCAGUGUUGGAAAUAUCUCG